AAAAAAAAUGAAUCUGUCGGACAUUCACUCAUCUCUCUAACCAUUUGACCAAAAGAAAAAAAAAUCUCCCAAACCAGAAAAUUGUCACUCCAGAAAUUUCAUCUCCCUCAGCAUUGGCAGUACUGCCGCCGCACCACCUUGAGUCCUCGCGGCUGCCGCUGCUGCUCCUCCUCCUCAGUCACGCUGCCGCUGCUGCUCCUCCAUCGCAGCGGCUGCACUCUCUCGGUUCAGCUCCUCCUCCAUCGCCGCUGCUUCUGUCUCCCACGGUCACGACGCAGGAGGAACUUUUUUAUUAUGGGUUAAAUGGACAGAAAAUGUGAGUUGAUAUCUUGCAAUAAGGUUUUAAGGAUUGGAAACUUGGUUGACGUUGGGCUCCUCAAGAUAUUGUUAAGGGAAAGAGCUACUCUAAAAGGUGGUGUAACAUGUUCAGUAUAAAACUUUGGUGCUUAGUAGAGCACAGAAUUGUCUAAGCCUCCACGGAUCCUAUAAAGAUGGUGUUGUAUUUAAUGAAUUUAACUUUUCUGUUGUAUUAGAUACAAAUUGAGUUAUUUGUGUUUGAAUAAAGUUGUUUAAAAAGUUCACUAUUAAGCUAACCCAGUUCUUAGUGCCAUUUUGGCCCAUAAGGUUGGGUCGUGACAUUUGAUCGUCAGUUAAUAAUGGAUUCUGAAGAAGAAAGAGAAGUGGAGAUGGAGAUAGAAGAAACCCUAGAUGAUAGGAAGAAGGGUUAUGAUUAUGUAGUGUUACGGUUGAUUUUAGCGAUUAUUUUCCCAAUCGCUGCAUUCUUUUCCUUAUCGUUAUUUAUAGGAUUCCUUGCAGUUUUGGCUGCCCACUUCUCCAUUUCCACUCCCAUCUCUGUUCCCUCUCAGUGCAGGAUAGUCUCCAGCAGUGUGGAUCUUAGAUCAACAAAGGUCUGCGAACUUGGAUUUUUGAAUUACAAAGCCAAACAUGUCUUUUAUCCUUUUGAAAGAAGUAAAUUUCGGUGUCGUUAUGAUUAUUACUGGGCUUCAGUGUUUGAGGUGGAAUACAAAGACCAUUCUUUGGGUCUGACACAAGCAUUUGCUGAGGCUCCAGAUGAAGCACUUCCUCCAAAUUGCAGGCCUAGUUUUGGCGCUGUAUGGCUGACCAAAGAUAAAUUCAAGGUUAAUAAAACUUAUGAGUGCUGGUAUACAACUGGCAUUUCCAAAGUAAGCCUAUACAGUGAUGGCUUCUUCCCUUGUCAAGCAAAAGAUCCAUCUGUUUUUGAAAUGAUUAGACGCUAUAUUAUCCUGUUCGUGAAGGUAUUACACUCCUGGUUUGUCCGUAAAAGGGGAAAAGCUAGUUAUUGGAGGUGGGAAACAAUAGCUGGGAUUGUUACUGGUUUUUCAACUUCCUUGAUCUCCUUAAGCUUCAUAAGCAUCCUACAUCAAAUGAAAUCACGGUUGCCCCAAACCUAUGUAGCUCGGAUGGUUGCGCGAACCCCAAAAAUGGUAUUCUUCAAGCGUGCUUGUUUUCUUGUGGCAUACUUCUCUGUUGUGGGUUGGUUAGUAAUCCAGUAUGGUAAAAGGCUUGGACUCACUGAAAUUUACAGAAUAUAUAACCUCUAGGUUGGUACUUGGCUUUACUUUUUGCAAGUGCUAAUUGUCUCUCAGUUCCAAUUGGCACUUGGACACACCAAAUUUCAAACUCUGCAGUAUAUGGUCACUGUUGACUGAUGUAGAGUUCAGUGGUUGCUUGAUGUAUUAUAUGGUACGUCGCGGAAGAGUAGGAUUGCUGCAUUUACUGCUUGAAAUUCACCGGUUCAAACUCAGGUUAAAAAUUGUGUAAAUCUAAUUCUGUUCAAAGCUUGAAGUUCCAUUUACAUAUGUGGAGCAAAUAAUCCAUGUGGAUGAGAAAGUAAUAGUCUGAUGUGUAUAGGGCAUCUUAAGAUAUGAUAAAAUCUCUAAUGUACUAGGUACUUUCAUCUUAUUUGAAAGGUCUAGUAAUUGAUUAAAACAACACUGAUAAUAAUAAAAUUCUCUCUCUCUAUAUA